CUAGAGCCUAGUUAGAGGGGGGAAGAAUAGAGGGAGGUGGUCCCCGGAACCUUUUGGGAACAACUUCGGGAGUCAUGUAUUUUUCCUUUAAAUGCGUUCUUUUCUUGCAGGCUUUAAGCCUCUUCUCUCUCAUGCAGGGACAAAAACUGGAGGAAAGUAUGGAAGAAGUGAAGAUAGAAGUUCUGCAUCUUCCAGGAAACUGUUCUUCCAAAAGCAAGAAGGGGGACCUGCUAAAUGCCCAUUAUGAUGGCUACUUGGCAAACGGCACCAAAUUCUACUGUAGCCGGACACAAAAUAAAGGUCACCCAAAAUGGUUCGUUCUUGGUGUUGGGCAAGUAAUAAAAGGCCUAGAUAUUGCUAUGAUGGGCAUGUGCUCUGGAGAAAAAAGAAAAGUGACAAUACCUCCUUCACUGGCCUAUGGAAAGGAAGGCUAUGCACAAGGCUUGAUUCCACCAGAUGCAACACUGAUUUUUGAGAUUGAACUCUAUGCCGUGACCAAAGGACCUCGAAGCAUUGAAACAUUUAAACAGAUAGAUGUGGACAACGACAAGAAACUUUCUAAACCUGAGAUCAAUUAUUACUUGAAAAAAGAAUUUGAGAAAGAUGAUAAACCACGUGACCAGUCAUAUCAUGAUUCCGUGUUAGAAGAUAUUUUUAAGAAAAAUGACCACGAUGGAGAUGGCUUCAUUUCUCCCAAGGAAUAUAAUGUAUAUCAACAUGAUGAACUAUAGAAUAUUCUUUCUAAAUUCAUUUAGCUAUCUUUUGUAUUUUCUACAAAAUUAUUUUUAUCCAAAUUUUGCUUAUUUUUUCCCUACAAGGCCACAUGUUGAUACCUCUAAAAUAUUAAUUUCUGAACCUUUUGUAAAUGUUUGAUAAUAAAUUAUAAUGUACCCCAAAAAGGAGUGAAAUUGGGUAAUAAUUAUAUGUUCUGUGCCAAAUUUAGUAAUGACUAUAAACACAGAUUUCAGGGGUUUGGGGGUUGUUUUUUUUUUCCCUUGGCAGAGCAAUGAGAGUUAAGUGACUUGCCCAAGGUCACACAGCUAGUAAGUGUCAAGUGUCUGAGGCCAGAUUUGAACUCAGGUACUCCUGAAUCCAGGGCCAGUACUUUAUCCACUGUGCCACCUAGCUGUCCCCAAAAGAUUUUUUUUUUGCACAUAUUUCAGUAUUUUGAUGAAGCAGCCAACAUCUCAGACUCAAAAUUUCCAAAGCUUUGACUCAUCUUGCCUUCCUUUCCAGCUUCCCUAUAUCUGAUGAUGAUGACAUCAUCCUUCUAGGCAUCCAGCCUUAAAACCUUGGAAUCAUAUUUGACUUUUUCUUCAACCCCUAUAUCCAGUCAUUUACCAAAGAUUAUCAUUUCUAUCUCUGCCACAUUUUUCAUCUAUUCCCUUCUCUCCACUCCCACUACCAAUAAUUUAGGCUUAUAUUAUCCCUUAUCUGAACUAUUGUAAUUACCUUUUUUUUUGCGGGGCAGUAAGGGUUAAGUGACUUGCCCAGAGUCACAGCUAGUAAGUGCCAAGUGUCUGAAGCCGGAUUUGAACUCAGGUCCUCCUGAAGCCAGGCCCAGUGCUUUAUCUAGUGAGCUACCUAGCUGCCCCUAGAAAGCCUACCCAUUCUUUUUUUUGUAAUUGCUUUUUAACUGAUCUUUUUCCUUCCAACUUCUUUAUCUUCCAACUCAUCCUUCACACAAUUAGCAAAGUAACUCUCUAAAUGGGCAACUCUGAUCACCACCUCACAUAGUGUAUAUACUCCUAGGUAAUCAUAGACAAAAAUCUAGUAUAUACCAAAAUAUUCAUUGCAACAUUUUAUGGUAAUACAGAAUUGGAAAGUGGGUGUCCAUAGAUUAGACGAUGGUUAAAAAUACUGAAGUAUAUGAAUUUAAAGAAAUCUUGUUAAAUAUAAAUAUUAAAUAUUCUGUUCAUUCACAGUGAACCUGAGGAAUUCAGAGAAAUAUGUGAAUUGAUCUUAACAAAUGGAAUCAAGAGACUUAAGUACACAAUGAUUAUAGUAAUAUAAAUGAAAAGAUCACUAAAAGGAAACUGGACUCAGAAUAACUGGGGAAAAAAAUGAAAGUCCAGGAAGACAGAUAAUGAAAUUUACCUUCUCCAUCAUGGUAGAGAAGUGGGAGACUAAGAGUACAAACACUGUACAUGUCAAGUUCAUUUAUGUUAGAUGUUUUUGCUUAAUUGUUGGUCUUUGCCACCUUGGGAGCUUCACUUCCCUCACUGGGGAAGAUUGAAAUGAUUCACGUAAAGAUAAAAGGCAUUACUAAAACACUUGUAAAGGACUUGUCAUUUAAAUUAUGUUAGCAAAAAUCUAAAAAAAUAUGAGUAAAAUAAUUUUUAUAGAGCUUGUUGUAAAAUACUUCAAUACGCUUUUACUUCGUGUCAUCUUCAAGUAAUUGGCUUUAUACACUUUUCUAAAUAUUCUAACAAUAGCCUCUCAGAAAAUUUACUUAAUACUAAAAUCAUACUGUUAUAAAAGUAUAGUUAAAAAAAACACCUGGAUAACUUGUCAUACUGACUCUUCAGCCUUCUACGGGUCAGAGAUAUAUGGUAUCUUCUGUGUAAUGCCAAACACAUUGUGAUUAUGCAGUAAAUGUUUGUUGAUCUGAAGGAUAUAAAAAUUGUUUUGUUCCAUAAUGAAUCGCACUCUAAUCAUCCUAUCCCUGCUGAUAAAAAUUAAAGUGGCUAAAGUCACAUUAAAAAAUAUUUUAGUUAGUGAAUACAAAGGUCUAUUUUGAAACCAUACUCUCUAUACAACAAAGAGUAAAUAAAAUUUUUCUGCAUAAACACAAGUAGAUCAAUGCUCUGUUAGUAUAAUACUGGCAUUUUAUAUUAACGUACACAGUUGUCUUAUGUCUCUAUAGAGAGCGAGAACCUGUGAAGUAAUAGUAAUUCUGAAUGUGUAUUUUAUAGUCAGUGUGGCACAAUGAAUGAGUCAUAAGCCAUGAAGAACUGGGUUCAAGCCCGGCAUCUUAACACAUACUAGCUGUAUGAUCCUGCUCCACCCAUUGUAUACGGUGCGGAGAAAGUGCUGACUUGCAUCUGUAGAGGGAGUUUCUUCACCUGGGAGUUCCUGAUACCUAUGAAAUCACAGGACCAGUCCUCAUCCCUAUAACUGUUUUUCAUUCUAGUUUUUUGGGGUGUUUUUUUGGUUUUGUUUUGGUUUUUUUGUUAUGUCUUCUUUUUAUAUAGGUCAAGUGACAUUAAAAAUUAGAGCCCAGGGGGGCAGCUAGGUGCACAGUGGAUAAAGCACUGGCCCUGGAUUCAGGAGGACCUAAGUUCAAAUCCAGCCUCAGCCAUUUGACACAUUACUAGCUGUGUGACCCUGGGUAAGUCACUUAACCCUCAUUGCCUCGAAAAAAAAAAAUUAGAGCCCAUUAAAUUUUGUUUGCAAAUUGUGGGUGCCUUGUAGCGAAAACAAAUAAAAUCUUCUAAACCCACGUACAUUAAAGUGCUUUGUUCUUAAAAAGCUUAACAAUAGAGAAAAAACAGGAGUCUGAGCUUUGCAGUAGGUUUCAAGUGUCAAUGAGGAACCUUAUAACCACAAAACUAUAGAGCAGAUACACAUUCAAUAAUAACAACCCACUUCCCAAUCUCUAGCUACUUCUCUUAACUUUGCUUAUGAAACCUUAUGCUUAGAGAAUUCUUAAUGUCCUUUUAAUUUGAUACGGCAAUUAAACAUGUAUGAUUACAUUAAAUUAUUAACAACAUUUUUCUCAUUUUACCAGAUCAUAGCAUAAAUGUA